AUAUGUUUUCUUUGUUCAUUACAUGAUACUGAAGUCUGCUGAAAUUGCAUGUACAUUAUGGUUUUAUGAGGAGUUUUACCCAUGAAAUGCAAAAAUCCAUCAUUCUUAGUGUCUACUGUAAUUUAGAUUUUUGAGCAUCACACAUUGUUCUUCUUCAAUGAAGUUGCACUCAUUCUGGACUCAUAAAAUCAUUCUCUCAUCCUCUCGGUGAAGGAAUCCAAGUCGUUGUGGACAUCAUCAACCAGUCACCUUGUUCAGUCACGCUCAAUUACAUAUUGUACAGGAAGCAAAGUCGGAUUUCCCCGGGUAGGAGGAUAACUGGAGUGUAUCCGAUUGUGAAGAAAAAAAACAAGCCUCUUCGCGCUCACAGCAAAGGGACUGUAACGGAUGUGAUCACCAUCCCGAGAGGGAUACCUCCCACCAUCUUGAUGGGUUCACCCGUCGAACUUCAGUACAUAUUGAAGAUCUGUUUGGGUGUGACUGGCUCAAGCUCCACUUGCCUCAGCAUGCCAAUAGUUGUACUACCCACCAGUCUGCAUUCCGCCAAACAACAUCAAAAGUUUCUGAAGACGUUAACUUUGGGAGAUACUCUAUAUCCAAACCCACACCAGCAAAUAUGGAGUGCCGGAAACCCACCACGAAAAUCCCGAUCUAUGGACACCCCAAUGAACUUCUGAGCUAAUGAAAAUGGGAAGCUAUUGCUCUAUAUUGCUUAUCUUGGACAUGGAAUCCUUAUCAUAUAAACAGAUUUCAUCCAAGCAUGGUGUAUAUAAGUCCUUUUAAAGUUGCUCAUAGGUGGCAAUCGUUUGUAAUUGAUUCAAUGAAGUGGAUGUACAGUACAAGCAAACAAAUUGCAACAAAAUGGCUGUAUGUAGAUAUGUACAUUGUACAGUUGUGUAUUCAUAUUUAUGUGUGUAUGUGUUUUAUAUUAUAUUUAAAAUUAUAUAUUAUUUAUUUAUUUUUAUUUGUAACGAAUUACAGUAUGUUAAUACAACCCCCCCCCCCCCCCCCGCCCCAAGAAAUAUCAUUGGUUUUAGGCAAUUAACCGUAUACACACACACACAACUCAUGAACUCACAACUCAUCAUUGAGAGUGGCCCCAAUUAUAUUGUUCAGGGCCAGUGGAGAAGAAUGGUACAUACAGCUGAAUAAUGUGUUGCGCACACUGAAAUAAAUUGAAUUCCGACUUCAGUCUUAAUUUGCAUUGUAUUUUAUCGGAAUUAGCCGAAUUGAGGCUGCCGCUCGGGUUACCUGUGUGAAUAUGACACCUCCGGGCUUGAUCACGUGACCACUUGUGACACAGAUACAAGUCCAGUUUUUUAGAGAGAUCGGACGCUUGACAGGAUUGCAUCAGCUCUGUGUCCGUCCACUCCUCAUCACCGAGAAGAGGGGUGAGAAAUGUGACCUGAUCAUGUCGAUAAAGCUUUUCUCUGUGGAAUACGAUAAAGUGAAUGAAAGAGGAACUUUCUCUCCCGGAGAUGUCCUCUCUGGAAGAGUGACUGUGGUGGCCAGCAAGGAAACCAAAGUGAAGUGUUUGAUGGUCAGCGCGAAAGGAAAGGCUGAGGUCAAAUGGUUUGAUCGAGAUGGACAGAUGACAGUGCUCCACCGAGAUGAGGAGAAAUAUUUCUAUUUGGAACACAUUAUUCUUCAGGAUAAAAAUAGAGGAGAUGGAUCUGAAAUCGUUCAUCAAGGGAGAAAUCGGUAUCCUUUUACCUUUGAGAUUCCAAACAUAGAAAUGCCUUCGUCGUAUGAUGGAAAAUGGGGCAGAAUCGCAUACGAUUUACAAGCUCAAUUGACUCUGUCAAUCUGGAGCAUCCACAAAAGCAAAAUUGAGUUCCCAUUUCUGACCAAGUCUGAGUUUCCCUUUGCCUCCAAAUCAGAAAUGUUGAUCAUCGGACUUCAAGAACGGCAAUGCGCAACCAAAAUUUCAUUUCAUGGCUCUGGAAAGGUUACUUUGAGGGUUACUUCGGAGAAAAUGGGGCUGACGCAAGGUGAAACGAUGCAAGUAUGGGUUGAAGUCACCAACAGCUCUAAUCGCACCGUAACACCCAAAUUCUUCCUUUGUGAGAAGCAAAUGUUUGUCGCUCAGUCCGAGGCUAUUGUACACACAAAUGACAUCCCCUUCGGUACGGGAGAAUCUGUUUCGGCUCGCAGCAGUCGCACCAUAAGCAAUGUUCUACGUAUCCCACCGCAGCUCUCCCCCACCUUCUUCAACUGCUCCAUAAUCAAGCUCGAAUAUACACUCAAGUUCACGCUUGGUGAGCCACUGCGAAGAGAUCCAGACAUCAAACUUCCUCUGGUCAUUCUACUGGCUUCUUCCCAACCAUAUCAUCAAAAACCAAAAAUCGUCCAUGGGAUCGAUUUUGCCACUUCAAAUUCCGCAAAUGCAAUAUGAAUAAGAAUAUCGCAUAUGGGCUAUUGGAGCCGCACAGAACACUGCUGUAAAGAAACGUGACUUCCGCUUUAAAAUAUAUAUUGUGAUGCCGGUCCUGUAUCUCUGCGAUUGGCUGGCAACCAGUACUCCAAAACAGCUGGGAUAGGCUCCAACACCCCCAACCCACUCCCAGUCAGCAAAGGCAUCUGGCCCGGAUUCAGCAUGAAGCUGGCACAGCUGGCCUUGAGUCGGCACUGGCAUAAUGCAUGUGGGCCGAACACGGCCCAGGAGUGGCAAAGGAGGCACUGGCUUGAUUCUGGCAAACCAGAUGAGGGCUAGUUGUGGAGUGAAGUAUUUGGGCCAGAAAUUAAUUUACAACUCCGGCCCGUAUAUGGCCAGCCAGUAUUGAGCCACCCUUAAAUGCAGUUUCAGAUUUAUUUUUUCAACACACAGCCUUGUUUUACAAUUGCACACCGAUGCGGAAUUCCAUUCAUCUCAUACACACACACACACACACACACACACACACACACACACACACAGACACACACGCACGCGCGAGGUCAAAUCAGGCCCGCAGGAUAAUUUAAAAAUGAAAAAAAUGCAUAAUAGACACAGAAUGAAUAUUUUUUGUAAGGUGCAAUUCAUUUAGUAUCCGCUGUUUUGACCAGAGAAGACGACAACAGCCUCAGUCCAUCACUGAGACAGACCCAUGACAGCAGACACUAUCAAUAGCACUCUCACAUUUAAUAGCACUCUCCUUAGUUUGUAAGGUGUAGGCAGGGAUUACAUUUAGAUUUUAUAUGCACGUGUAAAUGGUUUAAAACUUCCUUUCUUUAUAAAUCUUGUUUAAUCAUAAAGUGCAUUACUAUAUUUUUCAAUACCAAUUACUUGUUAAAGUUUGUACAAUCAAUGGGAUCAGUUGUAAUGCAUAUAUGUGAAUGAUAAAUGAAAUG